AAACUAAAAAGCAAGUUACUUUCCUUCAACCGGCGACUAUGCUUGGCGCCUCAGCCUUCCAUGGAAGCUGUAAUCCAUCAUCCAGCCACCGGCGCCGCCGCCUUCUCUCCUUGCUCUCUACCGGAAACCCUUUUCUCACGUCGUGUUUCAGACCUUCCCCGUCGUUCAAAACCUGAUAUCUCUUCAUUUCUUUCUCCUCCUAUACCCAAAACAAAGCCCCAAAACCUCCGUCUCAGCCCACAAUUCCUGCCAAGUCCAUCAAUCUCUCCCUCUAAACGGCCGCUUCUUGAUCCCCCUUUGACUUCAGAGCCGUCCAUCAAAACUGAGCUACCUAGCAAUGACUACUCCCAUUUGCUUCUGCUCUCUGCUCGUUACGGUGACGUCGAACUCGCUAAAGCAGUUCACGCUUCUAUUUUCAAACACGAAGAAGAUACUUAUCUAUCCAAUGCUCUUAUUGUCGCCUACCUCAAACUUGGCCGAAUUGAUUUUGCCCACAGAGUUUUCAAGAAUAUGUCAAGCCCAGACGUUGUGUCCUAUACCGCUUUAAUAUCUGAUUUGGCGAAGUCCAAUCGAGAAAAUGAAGCUAUUGAGCUCUUCUUGGAAAUGAGAGGUUCAGGUAUUGAACCAAAUGAGCAUAGCUUUGUGGCUUUAUUGACUGCUUGUAUUCGCUUACUGAAUUUAGAAUUGGGUUUGCAAGUUCAUGCCUUUGUGCUCAAAUUGGACUUUUUGGAUUCCACUUAUGUUGUGAAUGCCCUAAUGGGACUGUAUAGCAAUUGUGGCUGUCUAAAUUUUGUAAUUGAAUUGUUUUAUGAUAUGCCAGUAAGGGAUAUUGUUUCUUGGAAUACGGUAAUAUCGAGUUUGGUAAAGAAAGGAAUGUAUGACGAAGCAUUCGAAUCUUUCCGUGAUAUGUUGAGGAUAGAUGGUCUUAGAGUUGACCAUUUUACGAUAUCAAGUCUGUUGGCUUCGGCUGCAUCUGCUGGGCGUUCUGGAAUGACAGAAGGCCGUGAAAUUCAGUCUUGUGCAAUUAAGCUUGGAUUUGAGAGCAAUUUAAGCGUCAACAAUGCACUUAUUCGGUUUUACACGAAGCGUGGGAGCGUAGACGAUGUAACGCUUCUGUUUGAGAUGAUGCCUGAAAAGGAUGUUUUCACUUGGACUGAGAUGAUAACUGCAUAUAUGGAAUUUGGACUUGUUGAUUUAGCUGUGCAGACUUUUGAUAUGAUGCCUGAUAGGACAUGCGAAUCCUAUAAUGCUCUUUUAGCAGGAUAUUGUCGUAACAACAAAGGCUUGAGGGCUUUAAACCUUUUUUGCAACAUGGUGGAAGAAGGCAUAGAGUUAAACGAUUUUACUUUGACUAGUGCUAUAAAUGCUUGUGGGUCUGUGAUGCAGAAGAGCACUAGUGAGCAAAUUCAUGCAUUUAUUCUGAAGUUUGGUUGCGCGAGAAAUAGUCAUGUCGAAGCAGCAUUGCUCGACAUGUGCACAUGGUGUGAAAGAAUGGCAGAUGCUGAAAACAUAUUUCUUAGAUGGCCAAAGGAUCGGGAAAGAACAAUUGUGUUGACAGCAAUGAUAUGUGGAUAUGCUAGAAACAGGCAGCUUGAUCAAGCAAUUUCACUAUUCUGCCAAGGGCAAUCAGAAGAAUCGUUUGUUUUGGAUGAAGUUGUAGCAACUACUAUGCUCAGCAUAUGUGGCCUGUUAGGAUUUCGUAAAUUUGGGGAACAAUUACACUGCUUCUCAAUCAAAUAUGGUUUGUUAUCUGAUACGAAGAUGGCGAAUGCCACAAUCAGCAUGUAUGCUAAAUGCGGACGGAUGGAAGCUGCAAUUAAGGUCUUUGAUGCAAUGCUAGUUCAUGAUACAGUGUCAUGGAACAGCUUGUUAGCUGGGCAUGUACUCCAUAGGCAAGGGGAUGAGGCUUUGGCUGUUUGGAUGAAGAUGGAAAGUUUAGGAGUACAGCCUGAUACAGUUACCUGUCUCUUCAUUAUUUCAGCUUAUAGAUACACUGGCUCUGAUUUAAUUGAUUGUUGCCAUAGAUUUUUUUCUUCAAUGGAAUCGCGUUACCAGAUCAAACCCACUUCAGAACACUAUGCUAAUUUGGUUGGUGUUUUAGGGCACUGGGGUCUGCUUAAAGAAGCAGAGGCAAUAAUUCUGAAGAUGCCUUUUGUGCCAAAGGCUGCUGCUUGGCGCGCUUUACUUGAUAGCUGUAGGGUACAUCAAAAUGCAGCCAUUGGGAAAAGGGUUGCCAAGGAAAUACUUCAUGUGGAGCCACAAGAUCCUUCUAUGUUCAUAUUAAAAUCAAAUCUAUAUUCGGCAUCUGGAAGAUGGCAUUGUUCUGAUACUGUCAGGGAGAAGAUGAGGGAGAAGGGACUUCGGAAAUUCCCAGGCCAAAGCUGGAUUAUACAUCAAAACAGGAUUCACUCAUUUUUCGCAAGGGACACAUCUCAUCCUCAAUCUAAAGACAUAUACAGUGGGCUGCAGAUAUUACUCUUGGAGUGUCUAAAAGCUGGUUAUGUCCCUGAUACAAGUUUUGUGCUUCAUGAAGCGGAGGAACAUCAGAAGAAGGAUUUUCUUUUCUACCACAGUGCAAAGUUAGCUAUGACUUUUGGACUUCUGAUGACCAAGCCUGGAAAACCUGUUCGGAUUUUCAAGAACAUACUUCUUUGUGGUGACUGCCAUACAUUCUUCAAGAAUGUUUCAGUUGUUACGAAAAGGGAGAUAUAUGUAAGAGACUCUUCAGGUUUUCAUUGUUUUUCAAAUGGCAAAUGCUCAUGCAAAGACCAGUGGUGAGAUAGAUUCCUUUUUGAAGAA